AUGUUCGACUUGUCACCACCGCCACAGGGCACGACUUGCUUGGCAGAUCAGACGGAUUUGGCUCCCUUGAGCUUUGGCUGCGAGUACUAUUAUCGGAAUAAAAUCAUCUUCCAGAAGGUGUACGAGCCCACCAAGGCCUGCACUAACUCGUCGUGGAAAGGCAGCGUUAUGUUCAUCGAUGGAGUUUACCAAUGGCGCGAUGUGUCCGCAGUUGCCAAAGCCAACAACGUCUUCGUCGCUACAGGUGGUACUCCUUCGGUCGGGGCUAUUGGUGGGUGGUCUCAAGGAGGUGGCCAUGGUCCAGCAACGACUUAUGUCGGUUGGGGUGUUGAUCAGGUUCUCGAAGCCGAGGUUAUGCUCGCCAACGGACAGGUCGUGACCGCCAACUCGUGUCAAAACACUGAUUUAUAUCGCUCGCUUAGAGGAGGUGGGCCUGGUUUUGGAGUUGUCCUUUCCAUGACUGUCAAGGCUCAUGCGAAUGUUCCGGUCAUCGCUGUGCACCAUCUGACUAUGGUGCCGGGCAAUAACGCCAACGAUACCUCAGACCUGCUCGAUGCUGUCACAAAAUUAUUACAGAGAACUUCAGACCUCACGGACGCUGGAGUUGGUGGAUACGGGUUCUGGUUCAAUCACUACGACAAGAUCGCUGUCAACAACUCCACAUCGGGGUACAGGCACCAAGUCUGGACCAUCGGCAAAGACGAAUCCUACGCUAGAUCCGUCUUAGAUCCCCUUGUAAAAGAACUCCAGCAAAAUGGCAGCUCAAGCGUUCAGAUUCAUUCUGACUAUGUCACAUACAAUGAUUACUGGUCAUUCUACGAGAAGGAAAUGGCGUUUGAAGGGCCCCAAGGCAAGACCACUAUCAUGACGUCCCGCGCAAUCAACCGCGACCAGACAACCGACUUUGCUUCUCUCCGCAGAGUAGUAGGAACCAUCAGCGAUGCUCCAGGACAGGACAACAGCAACUGUAUUCUUUUUGCUGGCGGCGAAAAGGUCGCGUCAGACGGCAAUGACCCCUUCGCAGGCUACCAUCCAGCUUGGCGCAAAGCCUCCUUUGGCGUCGUCACUAUCCGCGUCCUUCCGCACAAUAUUACCGACAUAGAACGUGCGGCCGUUGAGAAGGACAUUCUUUCCAAAACUUCGGCUAUGGAAGCUUUUGCACCGGGCACAGGGGCAUACAUGAAUGAGGCUGACCGAUUGGACCCGAACUAUAUCGAGAAUUUCUACGGAGCAAACUACCAACGCCAUUUGAGGACCAAGAAGAAGUAUGACCCGGAGAACCUGUUUUACUGUGGGACUUGUGUGGGGGCCGAGGAGUGGGUUGAGCGUAAAGAUGGACCUUUGUGCAGGAAGGUGUGAAGAAGAUGUGUAUAGACUGUUGUGUAGAAGAUGUGGCUCUCAAGAGCGUCCCUUCAUUUGGAGAUGAUAGAUAAGAGCAAUGCGAUAUCUUGCA